CUUCAUUGAGUCAACUACUUAAUAAUAAUGGUUUAAAAAAACAUAACGCAUCUUUUAAUGCUAUGCACGAUUACUACGCUGAAACAUAUAAAGAAUACCAAUGGUAUUCCACUCGAUUUACUCCUCUCUCUGUUGCCACGAUGUGGUUUUUUGGGUCUGCAUCCAGCUUUUCUAGUAAUACUAUUAUAGGAAAAAUUCAAGUCGAAUAUACUAUUGAAUAUGAAGAAAUAGCUAUUAAUCAGGUAGAUGUUGUAAACGAUGAUAACUAUGAGUUCUUUGGAAGUG